AUGCCAAAGUCGGAAAAACGCAAGGCUGCAGCGCAAGCCGCGCCUUCGAUCACAGCUACAAGCAAAUUGGCAGCCAAAGAUGAAGCAGUCGAUCCUGCGCUUGCUUCUCUAUUUGCUUCCAGCUCUGGACCAGUCAAGGUGCAGCCGAAGGCUGUGACCUCAGCAAAAGCAGCUCCAUCGCACCGACAGCCCACAGUCGAAGAUGAAGCAUCCUCGUCUAGCUCCGAUGCCUCUGAAGAAAGUGACAAUGAGAAUGAGUCUUCAGACGGCGAAGCGUCGACGCCUGAGCAGGUAGCCAAAGCUACGGGCGAGAGGCCUCACAAGCGCAAGCGUACCGACGAUGAGGACGAUCUGGAGCAGGCAUAUUUCAAACGGCUCGAGCUGCUAGAAGACCGGGAAAACCGCAAGAGGAAACCGAAGCAGAAGGUUGACGAUGGCGAAGGAAGUUCGAGCGACCCUGAUGACGACGCAUCCGCCUCUGGCUCUGACGACAGUUCACGCAGCGUCCCGAAACAUGAGACCUUGGACAACAAGCUGAAGGACCAAGACAAGUUGAACAGAACCGUGUUCCUGGGGAAUGUAUCCACUCAAGCUAUCAAGACCAAAGUGGCAAAGAAAGCAUUGUACAAACACCUACGCUCCAUAUUGAAGACACGACGGGAGGGGGAGACACCAGGCAAACUCGAGUCGGUCCGUUUCCGCUCCACGGCGUAUGCGUCGGGCGAGGGUCCGAAGAAAGCCACAUACGCCAAAAAGGAACUCAUGGACGCGACGAGCGUCAGCACAAACGCCUACGCCGUCUUCUCCACUGACGUUGCCGCGGUGCUGGCGGCAGAGAAACUCAACGGUACCAUUGUGCUUGAUCGCCACUUGAGAGUCGACUACCUCGCGAAGCCAUCGGCCAUCGACCACAAACGGUGCGUCUUCAUCGGGAACUUGAGUUUCGUCAACGAAGAGGCACCCGCAGCGGAUGCAGACGAAGAGCAGAAACGACGGCCGACGGCCAAGGAGCCCGCAGACGCGGAGGAAGGCCUGUGGCGGACGUUCAGCAAAGUCGGGACGGUCGAAAGCGUGCGCGUAGUGCGGGACCAAGAGACGCGGGUGGGCAAAGGGUUCGCAUACGUCCAAUUCAAGGACGAGAACAGCGUCGAGGCCGCCCUGCUCCUGAACGAGAAGAAAUUCCCGCCAAUGCUGCCGAGAAAGCUCCGCGUGAUGCGUGCCAGGAAGAUGCAGAUCAAGCCUCAUGCGAUCUCCGCAAGAGGUGCGACUCCGAAGCGAGCGUCGGUCUUCGAAGGUCACCGUGCCACUUCAAAGAAGAACGGGGAUCGGAAGAGGAAAAGGCCGAACUCGAAGGCUGCUCAGAGAAGUGCCCAAUACAGGGCGGCGAGGCGAAGAAACAGAAACUAG